AUGGAGGGUUUGUUUUCAGCGUCGAAAAAAGCAAAGGAUCAAGGAGUCUAUAGAACUGUGAUUGACGGCUUACAUAGCUUAUAUUUUAAAUACCUACUUCCUCUUGAAACGACCUAUAGGUUCCACGAAUUUCAUUCGCCACCUUUGGAACAUGCGGAUUUUGAUUCGACACCCAUCGUUUUACUUGUCGGACAAUAUUCGACUGGAAAAACCACAUUUAUUCGCUAUUUAAUUGGUGAAGAUUUCCCAGGGAUGCGUAUUGGACCCGAACCGACGACGGAUAAGUUUAUUGCUAUUAUGCAUGGAGAACAAUCGUCAAUAAUUCCGGGAAAUGCUCUGGUGGUCGACCCAAAAAAGCAGUUUCGCCCAUUGUCGGCCUUUGGAAACAAUUUUUUGAAUCGUUUUCAAUGCUCUUUACUAAACAAUAAGGUUCUUGAAGGCAUAUCUCUGGUGGACACGCCUGGGAUACUCAGUGGUGAGAAGCAAAGACUUGGACGUGGCUACGAUCUUACUGGAGUGAUUGAAUGGUUCUCACACCAUGUUGAUAGAAUAAUUUUGCUAUUCGAUGCACAUAAACUAGAUAUAUCAGAUGAAUUUAAAUCCGUCAUUGAAGCGGUCAAGGGCAAUGAAGACAAAGUUCGCAUUGUACUGAACAAAGCCGAUAUGGUUGACUUCCAGCAGCUCAUGCGGGUAUACGGUGCUCUGAUGUGGAAUCUGGGCAAGAUCUUGGGUACCCCUGAAGUGGCGCGUGUAUACAUAGGCAGCUUCUGGGAUCACCAACUCCACUUUGACACAAAUCGUCGCCUCUUUGAGCUUGAGCAGGCUGAUCUCUUCCAAGACCUUCAAAGUCUUCCGGCCUAUUCUACCAUUCGCAAACUUAACGAUCUUAUUCGACGUGCUCGUCUCGCCAAGGUCCAUGCGUAUAUAGUUUCUGAACUUCGACGUCAAAUGCCAGCUCUUAUUGGCAAAGAAACUAAAAAGAAGGAGCUGAUAGCCAAUCUCCCCGCAAUUUAUGAAAAUCUUUCUCGGACGCAUCACAUUUCCAUAGGAGAUUUCCCACCGAUCGACAGGAUGCGCGAAAUCCUUGCCGCACAAGACUUCAAGUCUUUCAGCAAUCUCCAACCCAAACUUAUCGCUGGUGUAGAAAAAAUGCUAUCGGUCGACAUUGCAAAGUUAAUGCAAAUGAUUCCUCAAGAGCAAAAGGUGGGCUCAGAGGCCUUCCGUCCGCAGGUGGAGGGUGGCGCUUUCGACAACUUUGAGACGCCUUUCGGCUUUGGUGCCUCGGAGGGUAUCAACCGUGGCAAGUUUGAAAGCACUUGGGUCGUCGAGCUCGAGGUUCCCGAGGCCUUCGAGAUAUUCCGUACAUUGGACACCGCAGAUGGUAAGAUAAGCGGGGAGACGGCUCGUGUGGAGAUGCUCAAGUCGCAGUUGCCGGCAGCCACGCUGCGUCGCAUUUGGACCCUCUGCGACAUUGACAAAGACGGGUGCCUCACGAUGGAUGAGUUCGCAUUGGCGAAGUACUUGAUCAAGCUGAAGUUAAACGGGCACGAAUUGCCCUCUACUCUCCCUGAUCACCUCUAUCCGCCCUCUAUGCAGUCUUACCGGCUGACGCACGACGGGACCAGUGGCGUGAAUGCGGAGUCCUCCUCGAUCCACAGCAUUCCACUCUCCUCCAAAAAUGGCGACAUCUAA